AUUAGCUCUCAAGGCCUUAUGGCUUCUAGGGUAUAUUUGGCUGCACAGCUUUGCGAAAUCCAUUAUUUUUGAUAUUAAUAAUCCUCACAUAUUGCCGGAUAUAUCAAUUUAUGAAGGAACAUUUGCAUAUGGCGGCGUUUAUAAAAUGUUUCAUUUGGUAACUCCGAUAAUUUGUGCUAUAACUGAUGCUGAGCAUUUUAUAGAUGCCCCUAAACACCGCUUCAAUGGGCCUAUGUUGAGCUUUGUCCAGGUGUAUACUCGGGAUGAUCUACGUAUAGUUUCUAUCUCUUAUCAUGAUCCCGACAAUUCAGAGGUUUUUGCUACUAAACAUUUUCAAAAGAUGUUUGAACAAUAUAGUAAAAUUUCUGUUAGAGAUAAACAUGAGUUUAUAGGAAGCCCCGUAUCAUUGGCGAUCACUUUGCAUAGUGAUCAAAACCAUCCAUUCAUUGUUAAGACACUUAUGGAAUGGAACGGCACUACAUUUACCCAUUACAAGACUUCAAGGAACCGUCGUUCGUUACGAACUCGCCUACUAGAAUGGCUUCGUUAUUUGGAUCACAAUUUCUAUUUAUCUCCAAUUUUUAAUAUCGAUGGAAAUAACUCGGGUAGUAGUGACAUAUCACCAUCUCUUAUAUCACGAGCUAGGGAGGUAUUGACAAAUGUACAAAGGACGGAGCUUACCCUAAUAAUAAAAAAUAGUGAAAUAUUAUGUGAGAUUGAGGUAGAAAUACCUCCAACAUUAAAUGGAAUAUUUAAACCUAAGAGAAUAAUAAAGAAACCCUAUUAUUUCAAUAGGGUCAAAAAAAGCAGACGUUCAUAUGAUUAUGAUAGAAAUGUAGUAGACAUUGCGCAAAUUCAUGUUAUCAAAAUAGAAAUGAUUGUACUAGCGAACAUCAAAAGAGGUGACUGGUUAUAUACUCAGUUUGCAAUUGCAUAUAUACCACGCCGUAAUUAUGAACGUGUAAAAGUAAUAGAUUCAGUUAUUAAGGCCGACAUUUAUGAAGAAGGUGAUGAUGAAUUUAUAUCACAUGUGGAGGUAUUCUAUAACACAGUCAACGGUGCGCAAUACGUAGUGAUAAAUGUCAACAAUAUCCCUGAAGGUGACCCUCAGGAAGUAGAAACCCUUUUUAAAGCAAGAAAAAUAUUCAUGGUAAAUAAACUAGGCUCUGGAGCAACUUAUAUCGAUUUAAACUGCUAUGAUCUAGAGCCUUACAUAGACACAUUGUAUAACAUAAGAACUGAAGCUGCAAAUGAUGCCCCUCAGAACAUCAGAUGAGAAGGUGAUAUGAUAUAUAUCAUUUGAGCUCUUAAGACUUAUGUGAAUCAUAAUAUAUUACAAAAUGUCUUUAAUUCUAUUUUUCCAUAUAUUCCAAUGU